AAUAAUAUAUAAUAAGUUCACCAACGUAAAACUGAGAUACAGCACGAUGGCCAAGGUCAUACAGCAGUUUUUGAGGAAGGAUUCCAGGAUGCAGUGUAAUGCACCUCUAGAAUGAGCCGUAAAGCGAUAUACUAAUAAAUACUGUGGCAUUAGUUGGAGUGUGUGUGUGUGUGUGUGUGUUCCUGUUGGAGGAUGCCGAGCCCCUCUCUGCUGCUGCUGGUGUUCUGCGCCACCUCUCUGCUGCCCCCCUGUGGCGGGUUCGGGACCCGCAGGCUGUGUGGUAUUCAGCUGGUGGAGGCCCUGCUGUUCGUGUGUGGAGAGAAAGGCGUCUUCUAUCAGCCCGGGAGGCGCAUCAGACAGGAGAACCUUCGUGUGAUGAUGAAGGAUGGUGUUCUCUUCCCACUGGAGAUCAGUGAGGUUCUGCAGAAAUCUGGAUCCAGAAUGAAGAAAAGGGGUAUCGUAGAGCAGUGCUGCCAUUUUUACUGUGACUACUAUGACCUGGAGAACUACUGCAACACCUAGAGUCACCAGUAUUUGUGCAAACGCAGCCUGAACGGACAAUGAUGCAAGAUGCUUGGAUCACUGACCAGUAGUUCAAGUACACAAAUGAAUGUUAUUCAUAAACUGCUCAAUGUCACUGAACAGCAGAAACCAAAAUGUAACAAAUAACACAAUAAAAUCAUUCUGAUAAUUUAA